AUGGACAUGAGCGUCAGCAGUUGCGUUUCAAACCCAGUGGAAGAGUCUCAACGCCCCAUAUUGCAUAUUGAGGCUCGAGUGAAAUGUGCUAGUGAUGGCAUGAUCGUUCGCACUGAUCUGGUUAGGGAUGAGGUUACAGAAUGGCUUCACAAUAAUUUCAUCGUGAUGUCUGUUGAUCAAUUUAUCAAUUCUUUCGGAGGUCUAAGCGAACCACAUGCUCAAGCCCUGGAGUUUAUACUCGUAACCGAAUGUAGCGGCGGCAAUCUGGAGUCCGGUGCAUAUCGACUUCAGGAUGUCCAAUUGGACGUUCAAGUGUACCAACUGCGUACAAAAUCGGAGCGACAAAGCUUGCAGAAGACCAGUGCACUUGAGGAUUCAGCAGAAGCCGGGGGUGGAGUCGCUACGGCAAGAGUACUGGCCUUACCGAGCAUAGAUCUGGAGGGAUUAUGGGAGACGUUGGAUUACGAUCAACCAAUUCAGUCGACGCUUCUUUCGGCUAUAAGUAGAAUGGUCUCGUUUUCUACUCGUAAACUCGAUAAGUGGACUAUCAAUUGGAACAAGUUGAUACUCAUAUGGGGGCCACCAGGAACUGGGAAGACAAGCCUUUGUCGCGGUCUUGCCCAGAAGCUUGCAAUACGCCUGGGAAAGGAUUAUCCCCAGAGCAAGCUAUUUGAGAUCAACGCAUACUCUUUAGGAAGCAAAUAUUUCGGCGAGAGUAGCAAACUUGUGAAUGGAAUGUUUGAGAACAUUGAGACAUUUCUCCAGGAGGAAGAAGAUACAUUCGUUUUCGAUGCGGUACUCACAGGGCUGGAUAAGCUGAAAGAACAUUCGAAUGUUAUCGUCGUCUGCACCAGCAAUUUGAUUACGGCGCUGGACCAAGCUUUCCUCGAUCGAGUUGAUAUCAAACAAUACAUACCGCAACUAUCUAGCAGACCUAUAUAUAAUAUCUACAAGGACUGCCUAGAGGAGUUGAGCCAGAGUGGACUCAUUGAGGGUGUUUCAUUCGACGUGGUCCAAGUUACUCCGGACGAUCCCCAGACGGCUUUGCAGUAUGUGGAGCAGGCUGCGGAACACCUCACCCUCCCGACUUUUGACGAAGUGCUGCUGCACUAUAGAUCGUUCCCCGAUGCUAUACCCACGCUACUUGCUAAUGCUGUCUUUGAAAGUGAGGGGCUUAGCGGUCGCACGGUUCGAAGACUACCCGCUCUAUCGUUGAUUCUUUAUAGUAACGGUACCCGAUGCGAUAUUCGGACAGCGAUUGAGGCGCUGCGUAUGGGAAUAGCGUCGGAAUGGCAGGCUAAGACGGAGGCGACGAUGACUAUGGCGGAAGAGCAGCUCUCGGGAACAACACAAGCCAAUGGCCAAUGAGAGCGAUGGGAUUGAUGGGGGAGUGUGUGUGCUGGGGUCAGCGCGGAGGAACGGAACGGGGGUGUGAGGAGCUGGGAGGCUAAUGACGAAGCGAUGGAAUUGUUUGAUAUGCGUAUGUAAUUGAAGCUCGGAAUGCAUCCUCGUAGAACUUCUCCCAU